AUGCAAGGGGGCAUUCUUCAUGCUGGUGAUACAAUCACGGUACUCGGGGUGCUACACAGAGUUCUUCACCCCUUGGGUUACCACAUGCAAGUAGCUUCUGAGAAUUUCCUCGGAACAAAUCAUAUCCGUGCUAUAGAAGAAGAAGUCUCAAAAAAAGUUGAUGCGUAUGGACUCAUGCUUCAGCAGAGUGCUGAAGAAUGCGAAGGCGAAGGGGUUGAUAUUGAAGUCAAGAUUACUGUUGGAACUCCAAUGAGAACGGUUAUUGUACAAGAAGUUGCAACUUCGAAUGCAAACUGGGUUAUACUUGAUAGGCAUCUAAGACGGGAAUAUUAUUCUUACAAGGAUUUUGAUGAGUUUGAAGCUAAGCUGCUUUACUCGCUAUCCAAGCCUGUUGCACUCCCAUCUGCUCAAGACAACAAUAAUAAUGAACAAACUUCCAUGUCUAUCAAUUAUAAUGCUUCUAUGGAUUCACUGGAAAGUUCUGUUAUGUCCAAGAGCAACUCAUUUACAUCCAACUUCAAGCAGUACAGCUUUUCCUCAGAAGAUGAAUCUGGUUCAAAUCUUAAGCCAGAUGAAUCAGGUAGCUAUGCUGAAGGAGAAAAUAAAUAUACUGUUUCUCCCCCAAUUAUUCAUAAACAACAAAGAAAGCCUAGUCGACAGAGAUCUUCUGAUGUGCCCGUUCUCUGUAUUUCUUGUGGGAUGAAGACGGAGUUAGAUUCAAAGAGAUAUAGUUAUUCCGAGAUACAGCUUGCAACAAACGAUUUUUCACCUGAUAAUUCACUGGGUGAAGGUGGGUAUGGUCAUGUAUAUAAAGGUCGGCUUAAGGAUGGGCAGCUUAUUGCUGCAAAAGUGCACAAGGAAGCAAGUACACAAGGUUUUUCGGAAUUUCAUUCCGAAGUAUAUGUCCUAAGCUUUGCACGCCACAAGAACAUUGUGAUGCUUCUUGGUCAUUGUUGCAAGGAAAAACUUAACAUCUUGGUCUAUGAGUAUAUCUGCAACAAAUCACUUGAGUGGCAUUUAUUCGAAAAUAGAGAUUGUGUUCUUGAAUGGCACCGAAGACGUGCUAUUGCCAUUGGAACUGCAAAAGGGUUGCGGUUUCUGCAUGAAGAAUGUCGAGGAAGUCCCAUCAUUCAUCGGGACAUGCGGCCAAGCAAUAUAUUGCUCACACACGAAUAUGUUCCAAUGCUGGGAGACUUUGGCCUUGCAAAGUGGACGACAAAUGAAGAGGAUAUACAGACAAGAAUUCUUGGCACUCUUGGAUAUCUUGCACCAGAGUAUGCAGAGAAUGGCAUUGUUUCUGUAAGAACUGAUGUUUAUUCCUUUGGCAUUGUUCUGAUUCAACUUAUAUCGGGACGUAAGGCAGUAGAUUCUACAAGAGAAGAUCAACAGUCCCUUAGGCAGUGGGCACUACCAUUAAUUCAGACGCUAGCAUUGCACGAGCUAGUUGAUCCCCGUCUUGACUUGUAUAACAGGUAUGAGCUUUACCACAUGGCUAGAACAGCAUUCCUAUGCGUCCAAACUGAACCGGAGAUUCGCCCCUCAAUGGCAGAGGUGUUACACCUUCUCGAGGGGGAAAGCGAACAUUUCCACCACUUGACAGAGCAAUUUAUACCUCAUUACAGCAAAUGA